AUUCCGCUCUAACAUGGCGAGAACUAGUGUCGAUUUUUAGUCAGCUGGUCGCCUGCCUAUCUUGCUGGUAACACGUCUGUUUUUAUCGCUCUCUGUCCACAAAUUGGCUGCCGUCCGAGGGGGACAUGCAGUUGGCGAGUUACAGACGUCAUCAAUCUCUCAUUCGUACUUAGGUUGCAGGCCAUGUUAACCACCUGGGGAGCGGCGUUGGACGAUCCGAGUCGCUUGGCACUUGAACUAACAGAGACGAGUCUAGUGCUGCGUUUAUGUUUCGACACUCGGCGCCGACCAACUCCUCUGAUUGUCUGACGCAAAUAAUAACAACAAGGGAGAAGUCGUUCAUCAACAGACUUCACCAUGGACGUAACUCAAGCGUCGGAGCUGUUUGAGCGGCUCGAGUCACACGAACCCCUCGUCGUUGAUGAAACCAAGCAGAUUUUCCACAAUUUCUUCAACAAAACUAAAGACAACUGGUUAAUGAAUGGAUUCUUUGACCGCUACCUGAAUACAAAUUCCAGCCGCGUCAUUGACGUCAUUGUUGGCGUACGAGAACCUCAUGACUUCCAUUUGUUUGAGAGAAUUGCUGAUUCUUUGAGAGGGCAACACAAACUUCAGGGACUCACACUCUUUGGAUACAUUGUGCGGAAGCAACCUAUCUGGCUUUAUCGAAUUGCUCAGCACCCUCUCUUGAAAGAACUGCUGAAGUUACUCAAGGUGGAGACGGAGAUAGUGCCGAUGAUGAGUGCUUUACUGGUUUUGAUCAUCUUGCUGCCUAUAAUUCCUGGCUACGUCAAACCAGUUCUGCAUGACAUCUUUGAGAUCUUGAGCCGACUUGCCUCCUGGAAAUCAAACCAAGCAAAGUUGUCAGAAGAGCACCUUAACCAUUUGCAGAUUGGUCUCUAUUUUCUAUUCCAACGGCUGUAUGGCAUGUUUCCCUGCAGCACUUAUCAUUUCCUCAAGGCCCACUACUGCAGACAAGAAAACUUGGGCAUUUUCAAGCACACGAUCAAGCCCAUGCUGGAGACUGUUCGCUUCCAUACGCUGUUGGUCACAGCCAAUCCUGAAACGGAAACCAUGCAAGAGAGGUGGAUGAACAAAGGCCAUCAUGAUGUGAUCAUGGAGUGUGCUGAGUUCGCCCUGGAGCGACUGUAUGGGAAUGUGCAGAGGGACGCCGAUUCCAGUGCUCAAAGCACUCAAAGGCAUCACGCCAUGAUGGAUCGAUCCACCAGGAACUUAGAGGAACGGCUACAAUUCUCAAACGCCAGCCCUGUCGCCUCCCUUACUUUGCAGACGGAUGCAUGGUCACCGAGUCUGUCUUGUUGCCUGGACACGCCGCCUGCAAGCAAGAUAUCUCACCCGCACACUCCUGUUACCCACAACAAGUCCUACAGUAUUGGCUACCACCAUGAAGGUUCCUCUCCCCCAGAGGCUGGAGUUGAAGCAACCCCAGAAAACACACCAGUCAAGGACACGCGUCCCUUGCCUCAGAAAUUGCCUGUUGCUGGCUCAACUGCGGUCCGAGCCCUCAAUCUUUUAGGGAACAAGCCGAAUUCGUCUCGCAGCACAAGCCCAAAUCGAUCAACUCCCGCUUCCCCUCUGCGGAAAGAGCCGUCGCCUUUUCAUUUUGGUGUCGAGGAGAGAGUCAGUAGUACCGUGUUUCAAAAGGUUCUGUCGGAACGGCAGAACUCAAUUGAGGGGCCUAAGAAAAACGGCAUUGCGGCUUUUAACAAUAGUCUGGAACUCAAGGACCAGCCACUGAUGCCUAGAACAGCCCCUGUGAUGGUGGAGAACACAAGCCACGAGCAACACAACUGCAAGACAUUGAACGAAUCUGGAGAGUACGAGGAGUGCCAGUACGCUCAAGGGUCACCUUGCACUUCAGAAGGGCUGCACAUGCCUGACAGCCAGUCGUUGCUCACAAUUGCGAGGAGGGUUCGGUCGCAGGCACGAGACAGGUACAACAGUCUGUGCUCAGCAUCAUCUGGAACGAGUCCCAGCGAAGGACCCAACUUCCCUAUCACCACCAAAAUGCGCCGCAUCAGCUCUUGCCCUAACAUGAAGAGACUGGAUGAGAAGGAUGAGCACAAAAAUGAAGAGCGUGACAAUAAUGUUGUAGCUGUGAAUGGAAACGGGAAACUUGGGAACUUGAUACCUGUGAAGGAGUGUUUGUCGUUGGGCACCCAGACGUCACUGGACCAGUGGCCCAAUCAGCCCUAUGAGCAUUUAAUUCCAGCCGUUUACCCAGCCGGCCAGCAAGAUCCAGUCUACAAGAAUCAGGGGUUUUCGCCUUAUGAGCUGUUGGAAGAGUGCAUUUCGGUCGCAAUCGCAGACCACUCAAUUCCACACCAAAAGCAUGACGCCCGCAAAGAGAACAAAGCAACAGGAGCUGAAUCCGAGGUGAAGUCGCUGAAACUGCAGUUGAAGUUGAUGUUCCUGCAGCUGCAGUUUGAACGUUACAGAAGAGAGGUGCAUGCUGAACGAAACAGGAGACUGGCUGGCAAGUCGAGGUCAAGUAGAGCUCUGGAAGAGCACAACGCUGCGCUGAAAGAGCAGAUUAACUUGCUGCAGAAGGACAUUGAUAGGCUUCAGACUGAGUUGGAUGCGAAAAGGAAGAAAAUGAUGCAAAUGGACGAUGAACAUGUAGAAAACACCAAUUUUUGGCAGGGAAAGUUUUCCAACUUGGACAGGGAGAAUCAGUCGCUGCAGUUAGCAAACAAAAGUCUCCAACAGCAAUUGGCGCAGCAAAACCUGCAUAUCGCAGAUUUAAAUAAAAGUGUUGAGAAGGCACACGCCACAAUAUUUGAUCUGAACAGUGAACUGAAAAACCUCCAAGAAAGUGCCAGUACCAGCGAGAGAUUAUUAGGAGAACUUAGCCAGUUGCAGAAGCAGACAGUGCUGAUGGGGGAACUUUUCUUGAGGCAUAAGGAGCAGCUGGAAAAAUUGCCUUUGCUUGCUCAGAGAGAUGAAGAGGUUGUCAGGCUGGAUGAAUCUUGCAAAAAGGAGAUAUUUGAUGCCAAAAUGAUGCUUGAGUCGCGAAGCUCCAAUCUGGAAGCAUUGAAAGCUAGGGUCCUGGACCUAGAGACCUCCAAUAGCCGCAAGGAGAAUUUGAUAUCAGAGCAGAAAAGACUACUAAAAGCCACGAAAGAGGAGGCGGCGUCAUGUCAAGAGGCUCUAGAGAACAAGUACCAUCUUUUGCGAAGCAUUAAUCAGAAGUAUGAAGAAGAGAUCUUGAAGCUGUCGGAAAUGAACGAGAGCUACAAAUCUCAGCUAGACGCGAAGCUAUCAAAAGCUAUCAAACAAGGCGGACAAGGUCCUCUGGCAGACACUCUGUCCAGGAGUUCGUCAUCGGCCUCUUCAUCUGUUACCACUGCAACAGCACUGACUGACAUCACCGACCUGCACUCGCUAGUGGAUCCGCGGCCCGGGCAUCCCUCAGCUUCACCAGCUUCCCCACUCUUACGCGCAACAAAAUCAGAUUCGGCAGCAACCUCUUCUUCGGCAAGCCAAAGAAACUGAAGUAAGAAGAACACGGCAGCUAAUUCAUUAUUGGUACGAUUCCUCUUGGUAAAAUCACCCCAUGUAGCACUGUUAUGCUAAUUUUUUUUAAGAAAUUGAUCAUGAAGACUGGAUAUAUUUAAAUUGUACUCGGAAAAAUUUGCCAGUCCAGCACAGCCUUUUAAUUGGAGGGACUGACGUAGAUUUGAGAUGGUCUAUUUAGAAUACAACCUGAACAUAAUAUACAGACACAUUUUAAUCAAUGGCAAAGUUGUAUCAAUUUGGCGAUUGCUGGUACUUGGGUUUGCAAACAUACGGUGCUGUUUUGUGGAAUCGAUGAUAUACUGGCCGUUAAUAGCGUUUUGAGAAACAAUUCUGUUGGCCAUUGGUUGCUGAAACACCGAUUUUUAAUUGAUGUUUUAAUUGGUUCUUGUUGCACUUUCAAUGAAAAUACUCAGUUUAUAAGAGAAGAUUUGAAAUGACUGUCAGAUGAUUUCGAUCCAGGUAUUUUUGGCUUGUUGUUGUGUUGUUCUAUGAAAAGCUGCCAGUGUACACCAUAUCAAGCUCAAAUUUGCACUCAUUCAUUGUCAGUUAGGAGUUUGAGAUUCUCCAAGGAUUCUGCUCAUUAAAAUAGUGUCACUUAAGUUCUCAUAAUCAGUUAUUAAGAAACCCAGUUUCUAAAUCAAAAUAAUUCUUGAAAUUGCAAAUUAAUUCGCUUUGGCAAUAACCGACGGAAUUUUGUGGUUAUUUCAACCGACAAAUUCUUUCACCAAUUUAGAGCGCAAAGAGAUCGGUGAAUGUCUCCGUGCAAAGCUAACCGCGAUUUUGAAUAACUUAAAAUGCUUGAUGCUCACGACAGUUUCUAGUCCAAUAUUUAAAACCUAUGAAUAGCUUGUGUGACACGCUGAAGGGGUUUUGUCAACAGAACUGCGCAACAGCCACUGACUGAAUACCUCAGUUGAAACAAUCGACUUUAGGAAAAUUUGCGAGUAAAGUUCCUAUUUUCAACACACAAUAUGGUUACAGCUUUGACCUUUGCACUUAUUAUAAUCUCUGCCAACAUCUUGCUUUGGAGAAGAUAAUGAAGUAAACCACUUCAGCAAUAUAUUUGGCAUGUUUUUGUUUCAUACUGCAUGAAGCCGCCUUGUCAAAAGUUGUAAAAUCGCAUCCUGCGGUGGUGGUUCUGAAGAUCAAAUUACUUGUCUAGCUUCGAAACUUCUACAUUUUCAUGCCAAUUUUAUGAAUUGAUACACAAUGUGCCAGUUUAGCAUUCAUUUUGUGGAAGUUUCUAACAUAAAAAAAUUCCAUAUUAUGUUGCAAAAAUAA